AGUGGCAUACUUGCUGCAUUACUUCAGACAAAAAGAAGCGAAGGAUUCUUUGGAAAGGAUCGAAAUAUGGGCAGCAAAAUGUUGGUCCUGUUUGCGUUAUUGUUCCUUCACUACGCAAAUGGCGGAGAUGGACCAGUAGUGAUGACACAAAAUGGCGCCGUGCGCGGUUCCCACAACUACACCGCAUGGGACAAUUCCACUAAAUUUUCGAGCUUCACGAACAUGCCUUACGGGAAACCUCCUGUCGGAGCACUCAGAUUUAAGCCUCCUGUUCCUGCUGCACCAUGGGAAGGGACCCUAGAUGCCACCGAAGAGCCCAUUCCGUGUUCACAGAACGAUAUAUUGUCGCAACGGCUGAUGGGACGCGAGGAUUGCUUGAAAAUCAACGUGUACACACCCUAUACAAAUUUCUCGGAGUCGAUGACGUUAAAACCAGUCAUGGUUUGGAUAUACGGCGGCGCCUUCAUAGCUGGUUACAGCAACUAUACCUUCUACGGACCUUAUUAUUUGAUGAGCCAUGACGUCGUGGUGGUUUCUAUGAAUUAUCGCGUCGGUGCCUUUGGUUUCCUAUGCGUGGACGAUCCGCGCGUUUCGUGCAACGUAGGUCUGAAGGAUCAACAUUUAGCUUUGCAAUGGGUACAGAAAAAUAUCGCCGCGUUCGGUGGUGAUCCAAAGCAAGUCACGAUAUUUGGACAGAGCGCUGGAGCUGCAUCUGUUAAUUAUCACAUAUUGGCAGAGCAAGCUGCAGGUCUGUUCUCGAAAGCGAUUUUAAUGAGCGGCACGUCACUGACCCCGUGGGCCCAUCACACGAGGCUAGAUGCACAUAACAAUGCUAGGCUGCUCGCUCUUAGGCUUGGCCACUUGAGCAUUACCACCAAGGACAUUGUGGACAAACUUUCUACAGCCGAUGCUAUAGAGAUAGCAGUAGCAACAAACGAACUGAACGUACUCUACCCGAUUCCGUUCAGACCCUGUAUAGAGAACAAGCUUACGGAUCCCACAGCAUACGUGACAGACUGUUCCAUGAAGAAGCUAUUAACUGGAAAUUUCAACAAAGUGCCGACAAUGUUAGGUUACACGGAAAAUGAGGCUCUGCCCUUCCUUUACAUUGUCGAUAGAGUGGCAGGCAACGCCACGGAUAUCAUCGACUACUUUGGAAAAAUUGACCCAGUGGCACAUAAUGCAUUGCUCACCCUCGUGAAGGACACCGCUCUCUUAACUAUUGAGAAUCUCACCAAGCUCGUAUCGAUCGUGUUGUUCGACAGUCCAAUCGAUAUGGCUCAGAAAGCGCUAGCUAAGUAUGUGCCGACUGACGUUUACUUUUAUCAUCAAUCUUUCUUCACGUCGAAUGUAUUCCACAAGGUUUACGCGGGCAUGCACAUCGAAGGUGCUUGUGCUCACAUGGACGACAUUCCGUACAUAUGGCAACUAAGAGAUAUCUACUCGUCCCCAAACCCGGAUGAUCCUGAACACAAACACAUCGUGAAGAUGAGCACUAUGUGGACCAAUUUCGCCAAGUAUGGAGAUCCUACACCGGAAGGCAACAAUCCGCUGGACAUA